UUCAAACAUCAUAAUCUCACUUUACACAUCUUCUUAUCUUCCAUCGGAUACCUCAUUUCUAAUUCUCUCUCUUGAUAAGUUUCCACAUUCAUACCAGCAUCCCAUCUCCGCCAGGUGAAAAUAUAAAUUAAGACAAUUAAAAGUCAACUGAGUGAAGUGAGUAGCAUGAUUUGGUUUUUAUCACUUUCUCCUAAAACCCUAAACCCCAAAUUCCACCCCCCCCAAAUCACCAAAAUGCACAUUUUCCAUUCAAUUUCAACAAAACUCUCACAUUCAAAAUCCACCUUCAAAUCCCUCACUUUGUUUGCUUCCCUCUUCCUCCAAUCCCCAAAACAGUUCUCACAAUCAACUUCCAUACCCAAAAAACAACAACGCAUUCGCGACCAUGGCUUCGAUGACUACAUGGAAGUGGAAAAGAAAAACCGCAAAGUCAUCAAAUUCCAAGAUCUACUUCUUACUCAACCAAAUUCAAUGAUCGCAAUUUCUCGUCUCGACAUGCUUGCUCGCCGUUUCGGGUUCAAACAGUACGAAGCAGGGAAAUUUAUACUCAAAUUCCCUCAUGUUUUCGAGGUUUUCGAACACCCAGUACAGAGAAUAUUGUAUUGUAGGCUUACUCGUAAAUCAUUGCUUCAAAUUGAGCAGGAAAAACAAGCACUUUUAGCUCAAUUGCCGUUAGCUGUUACGCGUUUACGGAAGCUAUUGAUGCUAUCGAAUACGGGGAGGUUAAGGUUAGAACAUGUUAGGAUUGCGAGGAGAGAAUUUGGUUUACCUGAUGAUUUUGAGUAUUCGGUUGUUUUGAAGUAUCCGGACUAUUUUAGAUUGUUUGAUGCGAAAGAGACGAGGAAUAAGUACAUUGAGGCUGUUGAAAGAGACCCGGGGUUAACUGUUUGUGCUGUGGAGAGUGUUAGGGAGAGGGAGUAUAGAGAGAAGGGUGGGGAAGAAGAGAAUGUGCGGUUUUCGUUUAGAGUGAAUUUUCCGCCUGGAUUUAGGAUUGGCAAGUAUUAUAAGAUUGCUGUUUGGAAAUGGCAAAGGCUGCCUUAUUGGUUGCCGUAUGAGGAUGUAUCGGGUUAUGAUUUGAGGUCACUCGAGGCACAGAAGAGGAUGGAAAAAAGAGCAGUUGCGACUAUUCAUGAAUUGUUGUCAUUGACUGUUGAAAAGAAGAUUACUUUGGAGAGAAUUGCGCAUUUUAGGUUGGCGAUGGAUUUGCCGAAGAAGCUGAAAGACUUUCUCCUUCAGCAUCAGGGGAUAUUUUAUAUUUCGACGAGGGGUAAUCAUGGGAAGUUGCAUACGGUGUUUCUCAGGGAGGCUUAUAAGAAGGGAGAGUUGAUUGUGCCAAAUGAUUUGUAUUUAGCUAGGAGAAAGCUGGCUGAAUUGGUUUUGAUGAGUCCAAGGAAAGCCAUUGUGGAUAGAAGAUUGGUUAAUUAUAGAAAACAGGACGACAAUGAUGAAAUAGCUGACCACGUUGAGAAUGGAGGCGAUCAUUCAAACACGCAAGAGACAGUUAGACAAGAUUCGGAAGAAGAAAGCAUGGAUUCUGAUGAAGAUUGCAAUAUUUACUCUUAUGACGAUUGCAGUAUUAACUCUGGGUAUGCACACAAGGAAGUCAAUAAUGAUGAUGUUACUGAUGAUGCAGAGGACACUCGUGUCACUGAGUAACCGUACUUAGUCCAGCUAGAAAGGUACUUGAUAUUGGGAGUUCUUUGAUUGCCAAAUGAAUUAGCGGAUCUCUAUGUAAAACUUGACUGUUUCAAUUGUUACAAGACAGCACCGAUGUGGACUUGUACCCCUGGCAGUUGGCACUUAGGAGCUGGUCAAGUUCUUCCUUUGAGAUGCAAUGGCUUUAUUUCCAUUUACGGUCUUGUUGGCACUGUAGCUGGAAGAGUUGAAGAAUUGUUGACGUGUAUCAGGUGAAAAGAUGAAUUUUAGUCUUCAUCUUUUCAGAUGAUCCCGUUGAUGUUCAGCGAAGAGAAAAAGUAAAGGAUGCUAUGCGUUAUGCCUGGAGUUCAUAUGAAGAAUAUGCACGGGGCACCGAUGAGCCUCAGGCCGGGUUAUUGCAUCUAAUAGAUUUUCCUUGUAGAACAUCACCUUUUUGCCAUUGUAUUUAGUCAUUUAACAGGUCACAUAUCUUUCACAGAGGCAUCUCAGUAGGGCUUUUAGAUGCUUUACCUGUCGAUUAAUGUUCUUCUGUCUUCUUUCUCUAUUAUCUAAGGUUUCAAGUGAUUGUAAACAAUUUGUAUGCUUUACAUUUAAGCUGACAAUUUAACAUCAUACUUUUCUCAUCCUUUAAUAUUUCGUCCGAAGAUGUUGGAUCAA